AUGAAGCCGCUAGCGCCAUUUGUAUGUCGACUGCCGAGUCGCCGCAUUCUGCGCGUGCGCGGCACGGAUGCGCACGAGUUUCUACAAGGCAUCUUCACCAACGACCUCCGCGACCUCCACCCCGCUGGAAGCAUGUACGGCUGCUUCCUCUACUUCACCGGCCGCGUUCUGUGCGACGCUCACUUGUACCAGUGCAAGCAGGUCCAUGAGGGACAGGCCGCCAUCCUCGUUGACGUGCACGAACGAAGCGCAGCUGGGCUGUUUGACCACCUCACAGAGAUGAAGAUGCGCAAGAAGGUUCGCAUCGAUGAUGUCGGCAAAGAGCUCGUGGUGCUGGCCGUCUUGGAGGACAUGUCCGCGGAUGCGCAACGCAGCGGUAAUUCCGCAAGUGGAUGUGACGCGAGGGCGAGCUCAGUCACGUCGUUGUCCCGAGAGACGCUGGAGGAGCAGCACACAGAGUGCUUCCCCGACCCGCGCAAUGAUGCGCUCUUCCCACGACUGCCGCCGCCCUCCUCCCCCACGGCUGCGUCAGACUCAGUAGAUAUGGCAGCGGCGUCCGCAACGGCGGCCCCUCCCUCCGCCUCUCCACCGCCCGCCGUCACGCCGCCUAACUGGUUUCUGCGGAGGUGCGUCGUGCCCGCCACGUGGGCCCCUCCGCUUUCCUCCCCCGAUCCAUACACAACACUCUUGUACAGCCGGGGCAUCGGCGAGGGGCCAGAUGUGUUCAAGCACAACAAGAGUCUCCCCUUCGAAGGCAACUUGGACUUUCUCAAAGGCGUCAGCUUUCACAAGGGGUGCUACGUUGGGCAGGAGCUCACGCAUCGAACACACGUGAUGCUCGUGACACGGAAGCGGACGGUGCCGCUCCACUUCGGCCCCGCGAGUGUGGACCCACCAGCAGCGGGUACCAUCACGGACGAGGGCGCGGUCGCGACGACGCGGCCGGUGGAGGUAGGAGAGCCCCUCUAUUCGUCUGCUAGAGAAAAGAUCGGUGAGGUGACGGGCGUGUGUGGCCACGUUGGCAUUGGCCUCUUUCGCCUGCGCUACGUGGACAAGGCAACGCAGACGGUGCCGGGGCUGCAGCUGAAGGAUGGCACCCCGGUGCGGACGCACCUGCCCGACUGGUGGCCGCGCAAAGAGGUGAAGAAGCUCCUGAAGAACAACAGCUGA